UGAUGGAACUUUUUUACUUUUUUGCGAGAAAAAAUAUCAAAAAUAACUAAUUUGCAGCUAUAUAGAAGUUUAGCUUCGCUACAAAUAAUAAAGUUAAAAAAUUGUGUGCCUAUUUGUUAAAAAAGUUUCGUGUUAAGUGUUGAAAACAAAGGAAAAUUUUGUCACGAAAAAAAAAACAUUGCGUCAGUAGAGAAGAAAAUUUAUGAAAAACAAAAAUACAUAAAAAUGGAAAUAAUAUAGUGCAAAACAAACGAAAUUGGAAUAUUUGUUCAUCUCGCAAUACUAUUGAGUUGAAGAUAACACACACAGACCAAAUAUGGAUGAACGUCGAAUCGCUGACUACUUUGUUGUAUCUGGGAUGUCAGAGAAUCCCAAGUUACUUCAAGAUAACAUAUUUAGUGAUUCAUCGCACUUACGAACUGCAUCGUUCGCAAAACCAAUUACAGAAAUUGGAGUCUUUUUCCCCGCACUUGGUGAAAUGGUUCCUGAAGGAUGUGUCGUACUCGAUAUAACGCCAAGCGGGCUUGAUGCUGACUUAAAUUUUGGCUCUGUUCGAACUCCAGCAUGUUUCAUUUACUACAAACGCGGUUCAGAUCAACCGCCUUUAGUUGAUAUUGGAGUUAUGUAUGAAGGCACAGAGCGUAUAAUGCCCGAUGCAGAAAUUGUGUAUGAAACUCCGGGAAAACGUUUAGCAAAUGUAAACAAUACAAAUGCAAAAACCUUUAUUACUUUUCGACGUGCUAAACCAACGAUGCCUUGUAAUGAACUCGUUGUAACUGAAUUGUGUGUUAUAAUUCCGGGAAAAGGAGAGAAACCUCCUCACGCAUUUUGUCAGAUUCAUAAAACACUAAAUAAGGGAUUAAUGGGUAACGAUGUCUACUUAUGUUAUAAAAAAUCUCAAAAUCGCCCGAAAAACAUCAGUUAUCAACCCGAUUUGUUGCACAGAUAUCCAGAGACAGACCAUAUGGAUUUUCCUUUGAGCUCUUGCCCAAGUGUUCCUCUUUUCUGCUUACCAAUGGGUGCAACACUUGAAGCUUGGCCUCAUGUCAUCGACGAAGAAGGAGAAAAACGAAAUCGCCGUCCAAUUGCACCUACUUUUAGUACAUUUGUCCUUCUUGUUAACGAUGGAACAAGCAAAAUUUAUGGAUCUGCCUUGGCGUUUUACGAAACACUUGAUUCGCCAGAUUCAUUAUCUGAACAGCAAAAGAAAAUGCUCGAUUGGUCAGAUGACAUGGUUGAAACGCAUUCCCUCCAUAUAAAUAAAUCCAUUUGUUUAUUGUCACAAUAUCCAUUUGGUGAUACUUUUGAACGAUGGUUACAAUACUUGCAUCAUUUGGCGUCUUUGAAUGAACCAUUACCCGUCCCAAUCGAACGUUACAUUACACAUCUGUUAGAUGAAGUGCCCUUUCCAUCUCCAAGUAUACUCUUACCGUUAUCAAAUGUAACGAAUGAUCGGAUUUUAUUACAACAACCAGAUGAUAGCCCUUUGCCUCAAAGCGGAGCAGGAUUCCGCCAAUUAUUGUCUAAUUUAGGUCCUGAAAAUUGUCUUCAAGUGCUAUUGUUGGUUUUGACAGAGCAAAAACUUUUAAUUCAUUCACUGCGACCUCAUACGCUCACUGCUGUUGUAGAAGCAAUUUCAACAUUACUUUUUCCUUUCAAAUGGCAAUGUCCUUACAUUCCAUUAUGCCCUCUUGGAUUAGCAGAAGUUUUACAUGCACCUUUACCAUAUUUAAUAGGAGUUGACUCCCGAUUUUUUGAUCUUUAUGAGCCGCCAAGUGACGUUUCGUGCGUCGAUCUUGAUACAAAUUGCAUUAGUAUAUGUGAAAGUCAAAAACACUUAACGACAAAAUUGCUACCAAAACGUGCAGCUCGAAUCUUGAAACAGACAUUGCGAAAUUUGGAUGCGUUAAAUCAAAACUACAACACAGACUCGAUGAACAGCUUAGAUCGCGACAUUAAACGAAAAAAACGUGAAAAAAACCUCGAGCAACGUAUUCAAGAAAGUUUUUUGAGAUUUAUGGCUUCAAUUCUCAGAGGUUACCGUGAAUAUUUGGUUCCAAUUUCGAAAGCUCCAACAAUCGGAUCAACUGAUCCCAAUGCAUUGUUUCAACUGGAAGCUUUUUUACGAUCACGAGAUAAAGCGCAUCACAAAUUUUUUCAACUACUUAUGAAAACACAAAUGUUUAUUCGAUUUAUUGAGGAACGUUCAUUUGUUUCUGACAACGAUAGUGGCUUGGCAUUCUUUGAUGAAUGCUGUGAACGUGUAGGUGCUUAUGACGAAGGAACAGCUGAAAUAAAGUUUGUAGAUUGGGAUUCGGGGCACAAUAGUGAAAGAACAAAAUAUAUUUUGCCGCCGGAAAACAUGCCGGGAGCACCAUCAGAACAAACUUUUGUAUACUCAUCGUUUACUUUGGAUCCUGAUUUGCUUAAGCAAGCACGAAAAUCUAUUGUUUCAAGAGCUUUGCAUCAUUCAAGCAUAACUCCAGGAUCUCCAUUAGCACGCAGAACAAAGCAUGAAAUAAAAUUAGCACAGAAAUUAGCGAGACGCUGUCAAGGCAAUCCAGAAGCAUGGGCUAAACAUUUAUUGGCAACUUGCUACUCACUUUAUUUCAUCAUUUUACCAAGCAUUGUAGCAGAUAAUAUAAGUCGAGAACACUCGAUUCUCCGAAAUGCUUAUGAUUUGCUUGCUAAAGCUGCGAAACUCAAAAUUCAGUGUGACGAAGUAUGUUACCGAAUUAUGAUGCAAUUAUGUCACAUUCACAAUCUGCCUGUCCUUGCUGUGAGAUUGCAUUAUUUAAUGCGUCGUUCAGGAAUUCAACCAAAUGCAUUAACUUAUGGUUUCUAUAAUCGAUGUGUGCUGGAAGCCCAAUGGCCUGCAGAUACAAAUAUUACUUCUCAAUUAAGAUGGGCUCGUUUAAAAAAUGUCGUUAUUGGCGCUGCAAAAUUUAAACAUGCAGGAAAUAAAUUUGCUUCUCGAAAACGCCUAUCCAUAUCGUGCGAGAAUAAUUUGAGUACUCUCGAAACAGUAGAUGGAACGUCAAGAACGAGUUUAGAUUCAGGAAUAUCGCAAGUUGAUCAAACAUCUACAGGAAUAGUAGAUUUUUCUGCUUUUGAUCGACUCAGAGGUCGUCUUGGAAGUUUGGUAAAACAAUCUUUUCCUACACAAGAGACAGAUCAAAAUGAAGAUGAUGAUGAUGAUGAGGUAAAUGAACCGAAUGAAAAUUGUGAUUUGACAUCAAACAAACCGAAAACUCCAAUACAAGAAGAACGACAAGUUGAUUUGAGUCCUCGAAUGUUGGCAAGAUCAGAAAGCUUUGGAGGCGAUUCAAAAAUUGUUGAUAAAAUUGUAAAGCAACAUCAGAAUGAGAGCAAAUUAAAGUGUCAGCGGAUACUCGAUUUUCAUGAUGAAAUUUCCGAGAAUGACACUCAUAAAGAACAAGAUGGACAUGAAGUUGAAGCAAAAAGUGUAAAAAGCCCUGUAAAGGUAACUUCUCGGAUUUUAGUUACACAAGAUGAUCCUUUGGGUGCGUUGAAUGUAUCGGAAGUUUCGGAAUCUACAGAUAAAAAAAAGACAUCGACAGAACAAAAAAAUAUAACGAAUAAUAAUCACAUUAAUGAUACAAUUUAUACAGACACUCCUAUAUUAUUUAAGGGUCAUCGAAGUGCGACGUUUGAAGAUUCCAUGCAACUAAGUAAAAAUAUGCAUCGUUCCGAAACAAUGCCAAAUGCAAAUACUGUUACAUCAAGUCUAGCGCAUUUGGGUACAUCUCUCAAAUUGAAUUUCGGCCGUUAUUCGCCUGCACGAUUAUCAAUUAAAAAAGAGUUAAACAAAACAACUGCUAAUUUCAUUGAGAAUAUACAAAGUAUGAGUCCCUCACUGAACAACAAGAAAGCGGAAAUCCUUCAAGGAGGUUUAAGUAGUAUCAAAAAUGCUGCAACUUCAAUGGCUAAAAAGUUUGACGAAAUAAAAGAAGCAAUUUCGACAAACUCAACUCCUGUAAAAUCGGGUAUCAGUGAGAGAAAGCAUCAUAAAUCACAAGAAGAUCUACUUCACGAUGGGCAUAAUGGUGAAACGUCAUCAUCAUCAUCCAAUCAUUAUGUAGGAAGAACGCGUCGUGUUUCAAGCGAAUUUGAUUUAUGGAGUCGCAUAAGCGAAUCUCGGAAAUCAAGCUAUAACAAUUUAGUACCUCUUGGCGAAAAUGGAAUGAAUAGCGGAAUGAUAUCUUAUCCCGUAUUACCUGAUUGCAUCUAUCCGGACGACGGAGAGUUAAACGAUAACAUUGAAUAUGAUAUCGUUCUUCAAUUAACAUCUUGUUCGCAAUGUCAUCGAUGUCAGGCUUUAUUAUACGACGAAGAUAUCAUGGCAGGAUGGACAGCAGAAGAUUCAAAUCUUAAUACAAUGUGUCACGCUUGUAAUAAGUUUACAGUACCAUUGUUGAAUAUUCAAAUAUUAGUAGAUGAAAAACUGCAAGAACUCAAAGAAUCAGAAUCAUUGACAGUGCCGUAUUUGAAUCCACUCGUUUUGCGAAAAGAGUUAGAAGGGAUAUUAUCACAAGAAGGCGACCAAGCACUAAAUCGUCACAAGUUUGUUGAAGAACACCCAAUAAUAUAUUGGAAUCUUGUAUGGGUUAUGGAGCGUAUUGAUGUUACAACUCAUUUGCCUCAAUUGUGUGUUCCUAAAAAUAAUACUGAGACAUCAGAUCCUCUAAGCAAUAUGAAAACCAUAUCGAUUCAAUGCUUAUGGGAUAAUCCUGAAUUGCAUAAUGAUGCUGGACCUGCAAUGUAUAUGAUAUGGAAACAAAAUCAACCAUCUAGCCCUUUAUUGAAAACGUUACUGAUUGAGCAGAGCAUAUUUAAUAGAACUGCCCUCCAACAAAUUGUUUCCUGCAUUCGUUGUAAUGAUCUUAGUACACCAAUUAAACGACUUGCCGAUGAACGUUAUAAACUGAAGGAACAACGUGGUAUUGAUCGUCAUCAUUCAAUCUAUCGAGACAUUUUAUUUUUGGCCUUUGCUGCAAUUGAUGUUAAAAACAUAGAUUUAGGCACAUUUCAUCGCGAAUAUGCGAACGUAUUCGACAAAUUAACUGAAAAAGAAUGCAACGAAUAUUAUCGGAGUCAGGAUUUGCCGCCUUCAUCAUCAAGUAUUUUUUGUCGAACAUAUUUCAAGCCUCUUACGCUGCCUUAGAAUCGAAAUGAAUUAAAUUUCAUUCAUAAAACACAAAAAGGACGUAAUGAUCACAAUGAAAAUAUAUUGACUUAAAAUCCAAAAAAAAAAAAUAAAUAAUAAAACAAGAUUAUUUUAAUUAACUAAAAUCCUAACAAUAUGAUCUACCUAUACUUAUAAUAGGAAUGAUGUAUAUAAU